AUGCGAAGAUCUUAUCCUUCGAAUGGAUAUACUAUAUUAUUUUUAAUAUUACUUAUUAUAGCUAUUAUUAUCACAAUUUAUGAUAUAAAAUUUUCUAAAAUAUAUAAUAAGUUGCAAAAAAAAGGUCAAAUAAAUAUUUCUUCAAAUAAUUAUAUUCAUGUAAAAUUAUCUUUACAAUCAAAUAAAGCAACAUGUCGAUUGGAUGAUAAUUUAAUUAUUUAUAUUUUAUCAACAGUAACUAAUUUUAAACGAAGAAAAAUUAUACGUUCAACAUGGGCAUCACCAUUAAUAGGUACUUGUUUUAUAUUUAUUGUUGGUCAAACAAAAAAUUCAAGUAAAAUUAAAUUAUCUCUUAAGAAUGAACAACGACAAUAUAAUGAUAUUGUUCAAAUUGAUCAUAUUGAAUCCUAUGCAAAUGUUAUUUAUAAAGAACUAGCUGGAUUAAAAUGGUCAUAUAAUUUUUAUCCAUUUAUUCCAUAUUUAUUUAAAACUGAUGAUGAUUUAAUUCUUGAUUCAAAAUUAAUAUCAUCUAUAGCAAAAUUACUUGUAACAAAUUUAAAAAAUAGUACAUCAUAUAUUUCAAAAUAUCGUCCACAACUUAUACAAAAUCUUCUAUUAUCUGAUCGAUCAACAUUUUUUCGCGGUGGUUGGUCAAUGGAUAGUCAACCAACAUUACGUGAUGGAAAAUUUCGUAUUAGUGAAGAUGUUUGGCCACAUCCUGUUCUUCCACUAUAUUGUUCUGGUUUUGGUUGGUUUAUGUCAAAACAAAUACGAGAUAAAUUACUUGAGGCAUCAUAUAGAUAUCCAAUAAAUAAAACAGUAUGGAUAGGUGAUGUAUUUCUAUCAGGAUUUUUAGCUGAAAUAGCAAAUGUUAAAUGUACACGUAUUUCAAUUGAAUAUGAACAAACAUUUUCAGGAAAUUGUUCAUGUUUAAUGAUUCAACAACCAAUGUUAACUGUUUGUUCAUCAUCAUUUCAUGGCGGAAGUCCAGAUAAUGGAAACGAAAAAUAUAAAGAAUAUAAAAAAGCUUGGAAAGUUAUACAACAACGUCAUAGUUUACUUAAUAGGACGAUUACUGAUAUUGAAGAUUGUUAA